AUGGACGAGUUAACGUCUGCUUUCAUGGGAGGCCUGCCUGAGCUGUCUCAAGACAUAGCUUUUACAUAUAAAAGCGAAAUAAGAACAGUUCUUGCACUAAAAGAUGGGAGCAUCUUUCCCGGGGCUCAGCCCGUUUCUUUGGAGCCACGUCGCGGCCUUCCGGACAUCGUGAUUAACAGCUAUCUUCUUUGUGAAAAGACUGAUGGCACAAGGUUCCUUCUAUAUAUUCCUGUCGACUUCAACGAGCCAGACAUGACACUCGAUCUAACCACUUACACGACGGAGUCUGAUGGUUUGGUACUUCCACGGAGCUACUUCUUGAUAGACCGUGAGUACAAUUUUCACAAGGCUGAAGGGAUGAUAAAGAUACGGCCUCUUCUGAAGACCCUCAACCUUCCCGAGAGCUUUGCUUCUGAUGCUUACACCAUCCCAGAACAAAAGAAAAAGCUUCUUACUUUCUUCAAUUCGUUUACAGCCAUGUUCGACGGAGAGCUAGUUGGCGACUUCUCUAACGGCACAGUCCAAGAUCAUGCCCCAACCGAUAAGCCCAAUCAGCUCUGCUACUAUCUUUUCGACGCACUAUUCAUCAAUGGCACAUCUAUACUCAGUAAUAAUUUACGAGAAAGACUAGCGGUUGCAAAUGCCCUGCCAGAGUACUUUGUUCAUCGCAAAACAAACCAACUCCUAUUCAAAACAAAAACUUUCUACGAGAAGGAAAACGUUGUGGAUCUGUUUAAGCUUCUCAAUUUAUCAGGCCGCCACUCCAGACCACUCUUGCCCCACCACUCAGACGGCAUCAUCUUCACAGCCGUGAAUGAAGCCUAUCAACCUGGGACGUGUCAAUUUAUUCAGAAAUGGAAACCCUUGUACCAGAAUACAGUUGAUCUCCUUCUGCAGCCAGUCAAAAAGAAGAUGUAUGUGCUGAGUCCAGAGGAUUAUGGAGUCCUGGAGAAAGGAGCUACGUCGAAGCGCAACGGUGAGACAUUGGACAGCUCUAUCAUGGGAGCCAUCCAGCAGGUGAUUGGGAAGCUCUUGAAAGGGAAGCCAUCGGACGUGUUUAUAGGCAGGCUGUUUACUGCUGUAUCUGGUCUGCUAGACUCUACGCCAAUCGACGUUAUAUCGCUAGAAGAGAAGAAGUAUGAGAAUCUGGAUAAGCGAAACACUGAGGUUCAAAGAGAAAACAAACCAGGGCUCAUAAUAGAGUUCUUUUGGGAGCAAGACAAAGAAAUACUCACAUACACAGACGUUACAGACUAUCUCAAAGAAAGCUAUCCAGAGCUGCAGCAACUGUUUGGAUCCAUUGAGGUGAAGCGGACCCGUAAGGGUACGUGGGUCGGCCAAAAGUAUCGUCUUGAUAAGCUGCUCCCCAACGACAAGUAUGUCUAUGAGAGUGUCUGUCGCGCCUAUAACGAUCACGUUAGUGAGGCGGAUCUGAUUGCAAUCUUGCUGGGAACGAAGCCGCUACCACAAGGCGGCAUCAUAGGAAAAGUCAGCCCUUAUCUUCUUACCCGUGUCCACUGUCCUGGCUAUGAUUAA